GAGUGCAUUCAGUGCAUCAAAAGCGGCCAGACUGGUCGGAGCCCCUCAUCACAAUCCGCUAUUGAACCAUGAACAUUGUGAUAAAAGUAGUCACCUUCAUUGUGAUCGUAUCCAUCAUCGGAAUAAUCUACCUGCAAACAUCAGAAAAGGAAAUACCGAAGUUCGAAAAUACAUGGUGGGGCCCAGGAGCCGAAAAUCCGGACGUAGAUAAGUCCAUCAAACCGUUUAAAAUCGAGUGGAAUGACGAGGCCAUAAAGGACUUGAAAACCCGAUUGAAUAGAACAAGAGAUCUAGUCCAACCCCUGGAAGGUGCAGCGUGGACAUACGGUAUCAGUGGUCCAUAUUUAAAAGAAAAAGUCUUAUCAUACUGGCUGAAUAAAUAUGAUUUCAAAGCACAACUAGCCCAUCUCAACAAAUUUCCCCAGUUCACGACAAACAUCCAAGGGCUGAAUAUCCGUUUCCUGCACGUCAAACCGAAAAAUACCAAAGGGAAACGAGUUUUGCCGUUGAUAAUCCUCCACGGAUGGCCAGGAUCAACAGCGGAAUUCUAUAAAGUCAUUCCCAUGCUCACGACACCUCGAGAAGAUCACGAUUUUGUCUUCGAAGUUAUUGCCCCUUCGCUCCCUGGUUUUGGUUUUUCAGACGCUACCGUCAGGCCGGGACUUGGGGAUUCGCAAAUAGCUGUUGUUCUCAAGAAUCUCAUGUUGAGAUUAGGUUUUGAUAAAUAUUACGUUCAUGGAGGUGACUGGGGAGCCAUCAUAACUGCGCGAAUGUCCGCUCUAUUUCCAGAUCAUGUUAUUGGAAUGCACUCGACUAUGUGCACAGCAUCAUCAGCCAAAGUCAUCUUGAAGAUCGUUUUCUACAGUUUCUUUCCAUCUCUGUUAUUGGAAGAGGAGGAUUAUCACUGGUUUUAUCCUCUGAGUGAGAGAUUGGGUCGUAUAUUACUCUUGUCUGGGUAUCUUCACCUGCAGGCAACGAAACCUGAUUCACUUGGUGUUGGACUCGCCGAUUCUCCAGCGGCUCUCGCCGCUUAUGUUCUCGAAAAAUUCUCGGACGCCACCAAUCGCGAUAAUAUGUUCAAAGAGGAUGGCGGCUUAUUUGAAAAGUUCACACCCAACGAACUCAUUGACAACUUGAUGAUGUACUGGAUGCCGAAUAAAAUGACAACGGCUAUGCGAAUAUAUGCUGAAUCAUUCAAUAAGAAGCAGAAUACAUGGCUAGAGCAGUGGCCAGUGGAAGUUCCGAGUGCGUGUGCACAGUUUCCCCAUGAGAUUAUAUGGUAUCCACGAGAAUUCCUGCAGGAGAGAUUUUUAAAUUUAGUUCAGGUGACGAAAAUGCCACGAGGCGGACACUUUGCAACGUUAGAAGAGCCAGAACUUGCUGCCAAUGAUAUUUACAAGUUCGUAGGGAUUGUUGAGGAACAAAGCGAGAAGAGAAAAAAAUCAGCAAAGAAGACAGAUUUGUAGAGCAUAAAACUUUUAGGAAUUAAUUGUACUAUAUUAUUGUCAAUACGCGACGUUUCGUUUGUAAUUCAAGCUUCUUCAGGCUCUUGACAGUCAAGUAACCGAGUCAUACUCUUUUCUAAUAAAAUCCAUAUCGAAAUCCUCAACCGCAUUUAUAAGUGAAAAACAAUUGUAAAAUCAGACAUGGACGACUGACACGAGGGUCAUUUUUCCCUUAUCUUCUGCCACGGGGCGGACACUUCACAACAUUAGAAGCGCCAAAAAGCUUUUAAGAAUUCAAGCUCAUGGGGUAUUCCAGAACCCAAUGAACUGUGCUAUAUUAUUGUCAAUACGUGACGUUUGGCUUGUAAUUCAAGACCGUUGACAGUCCAAUUAUAGCGUCACCUUAAUCAUUUCUCUAGCCAUUUCAACUCCCUACGAUUUCAGUAGGAGAAGUUCCCUUCCUCUGUCCUGCGUGUGCCCCUCCGCACGACGACAACACGCAGUCUCACUGCAGGAAAGGUUCUCUCUUUGUUUCUCUGUUCUCAAGUCCCGCCCUCCACGGAAGAGUGGGGGUUUCCACGAGAUUUCGGUACGCAGAAUUUUCAGCCCCGGAGCCGAAAUCGUAGGGAAACUCUAUUCUAAGUCUAGGAGUAUCAAAAAUAGGGAUUAAAAACUUUCUCAGACCUUGGGACUUGCUUAUUAGAGCGAGACCCGAAGGCUUUGGGUCUUAACGCGUUAUCGCAGAGAACAGACAAUGAAAUGCUGAAUAAAUACAUCCUUCAAAUUACCUCGUGCUAUUGAACUCAUGAAAUCAAUGGGAUAUUUCGCAAAUGACAUAUCUCGUUUGCAUCCUCGAUUACGCAAUUUGAAACUGAAUAAUCCACGUUAAACUAAGGAAAUUCAAUUAAAAAUAUAUUUUUGUACUUGUGAAAAUCGCAAUUCAUUGCAAAUGAUAGUAUCGAUGAUAGUUGGGAGUGAUUUGCGAAUAAAUCGAUGACCCAAUCCAUAUUAUCAUGAUGAUGACGGGCAGAAAUGAAAUGCUAAAUAAAUAGAUCCUUCAAAUUGCCUCGUGCUAUUGAACUCAUGAAAUCAACGCGAUAUUUCGCCAAUGACAUAUCUCGUUUCAUCCUCCAUUACGAAAUUUGAAACUGAAUAAUCCACACUAAACUAAGCAAAUCCAAUUUUAAAAAAUAUUUUUGUACUUGUGAAAAUCGCAAUUCAUUGCAAAUGAUAGUAUGGAUAAUAGCAUGUCAUGGUGAUGAGAUGUAGAAUCAAACACCGUUUGUAUACGUGUAAAUUGACUGUCAACAUAAGAAUAUUAAAUACGAGCCAAGGAUAUUGGACUCUUGAUUUCUCAUAUUCUCCGGCAGAGUUAUUAACUCCGCUGACUGGUCACACUGAUACAAGUAUUUUUGUACAAUCAUUAUCGACGGGAGUCUCAAUAACGACAUUCUCAGUGAACUCUUGACUGCAGUGUGUUAUCAUCGGUGUUGCAAUUUCAAUAUGUACAUCAUCAUAUAAAAAUUAUUCUCUGUCGGUUAAUACCGAAUUAGAUUUAAAUGAAUACGCUAUAGCUGCCUACAAUACAAACAACAAAUGAAUGGAACUUCUUGAUCGUUGAAUCAAUCAAAAUAUUUCGAAUAAAAUCAUAUAAUUUGACUCAAAUUGAUCACUUUUCUCGGUGUAUACAUAUUCAAUUCCAGAACACGCAAAAGAUGUCAUUCUCAUUUAUCGUAAAUUAAUUCUGUGCAUUUUAAAGUGAAUAUUUUAGUUAAUGGAAAAGUAAUUUCUAUUCGCAGAAAUUUACUUGUUUCAAGAUAUUGAUGAAUGAGAGUGAUUCUUUCGCCUGAUGCUAUCGCUGUGGGCUUGUCGCCAGCAAGAUCAUUGGUAGAAAUGUCUCGUACUGGAUUAUAGUAUUAUCUAUUAUGAAAUAGAUAACAUUCUUGAAUUGAAUAAAACGAAGUACAUGAA